CAUUUCGGCUUUAAUAUAUUUAUUUUCGGUUUCGUUGCUCCACCACACUUCCUACUACACUGUGGCAUAUAAUAUCUUCUUCGUUUUGAAAGUUCAGAACGAAAACCUCAAGAUUUAUUGUUAUUUUCGAGUUAUACUCUCGUAGGUUGGGGACCAUAGAUUUUAGACUACGGAAGCAUGCACCGAAAACCAGAUGGUACAAACCAUCCAGAAUCCAAUGCACAUAACAAUAAACCACAGACAAUUCGGGUUCAACCUUGGUGGUGCAGCACACGACAGGAUUCUAUCUUAUCGGGCGUUUUAGGAGAAAGCAAGAGUAGCUUAUCUCCGUCCAAACACCCAAAUGUAGAUCUAGGGGCCAAGACACCUGAAUCUCCAAGCACGGUUGGGACUGAUGAGAAGCUUUGCUCUAGUAAAGGAAUGCCUUUGACUAUGUUGCCGCAUCCAGAUGGAAAAUGUGGCAAUGAACAAUCAUAUUUACAACAUACUAUACCUGUUAUACGUCCGACAAUGGGUGACUAUGUACCACCACCAAUCCAGCUGGAGCUUGUUGGCCCCUCAAUUGCAUGUCCUUCCUAUCCAUAUGCUGAUCCAUAUUAUGGGGGAGUAGUGCCUCCUUAUGUACCUCAAUCUUUGGUAAAUGCCCAUAGUCUUGGUGUGUAUCCUGCUAGAAUGGCGUUGCCUCUUGAAGUAGCAGAGGAGCCUGUUUAUGUGAAUGCUAAGCAAUAUCAUGGGAUUUUGAGACGAAGGCAGUCACGUGCAAAAGCUGAGCUGGAGAAGAAAGUAACCAAAUCUCGAAAGCCCUACCUUCACGAGUCUCGACAUUUACAUGCUAUGAGAAGAGCAAGAGGAUGUGGGGGGCGGUUCUUAAAUACGAAGAAGCCGGAAAGUGAUGCAUCUAAAGCCAAGGCUGACAAAAGCAGUGAGGUUAGUUCAAAUCUUUCAUCACAACGUGCCAACAACUCAUUGAGAGAAGCUACUGGAUCUGAACUUCAGGGAACAAACAUGCAGCAAGCAUUCUCAAACAGCAACAGCUACUAUCUGCAUCAUCAAGGGUUUCAUUUGUCUACCUCUCGUUCACUUUCAGAUAAAACAUUGGAAGGAGGAGACUGUCCGAGACAGCCACAUGAGAGAAUCAUGGUAAAUGGGGUGUCUCACAGAGCCCUGACAAUCAAAUGAACCUCCCUAAGGGGUGAAGUAUCUCUCCAAUCAUCCCUUUUUAUUGUUACAACUCUUUAUUCGUAUUGUGGAGUUCCUGAUUGUGAACUCCUAUUGUUUCACCGUUCCAUGCUUUUGUUUCAUCUCGUCGACGAUGUUUCUUGGUGUGAGCCUGGAGGAUCAUUCGACCAAGUUGAAGGGAGGAGCACUAUGUUAUGUUAACAGGCAAAUCAUUCUUGGCUUGGCUUUGUAAUCAGUAUUUUCAGUCUCUUAAUGUAUGAUGUGUGAAAUUAACUUUGGCGUAAAAUCUGACC